AAUUUUAAUUAUUUAAAAGCAAGAUGAAGAUGACUAGAUGGAUACUACUCAUUACUAUGUGAUUUGAAAUUAUAAUCACACUAAUGAUAUUCUAAAAAAAAAAAAUCACACUAAUGAUGAUUGAAUGAUAAAAAAAAUUAAAUAAAAAAGUGACGAGAAUUUCCACGUUUGACAGUUUGAUUGAGAGUUGCGAACGCAAAUAUUCGCUGAGAAAAUAUCUAAAAAUAAAACAAAAUCAGCUGAGAGAAAAGUCGGACCUCGCUUUGAUUCAGCACCUCCAAUGGCAGCGGCGGCCGCAAUGAUCUCUCUCUUCAUCGCCGGCCUCUUCAUAGCUCGCUCCGCCGCCGCACCAUCCCCCUACCUCUCCCCAACCACACUCCCCCAGAGCUACCAAAACAUGCUGACAACUCUCAGAAUCUUCAUCUGCACCCCUUACGCCCCUUUCGAUUUUCCCGCCGCCCCGGCCUCUCUCUUCUACAAUUCCCUCCUCCGCAGCCCCUUCGUCACCCAAAACCCCGACGAAGCGCACCUCUUCUUCGUCCCAUUCUCCCCCGACACCUCCACGCGCUCCAUGGGGCGCGUCGUCAGGGAGCUCCGCACCGACCUCCCCUACUGGAACCGAACCCUCGGCGCCGAUCACUUCUUCGUCUCGCCCGCCGGAAUCGACUACUCUUCCGACCGGAAUAUCCUCGAGCUGAAGAAGAAUUCCAUCCAAAUUUCGGUUUUCCCCGUCGUUUCCGGCUAUUUCAUCCCGCACAAGGACAUCACGCUGCCUCCUCCCGGCGGCUCGCCGCUGGAGCUCUUCCACAGGGCGGAGAACUCGACGAGGACUUCGAUUUUGGGGUACUUGCGGUGGGACGGGAAGACGGAGCUGAAUUUGGUCAACGAGUUGAAAUCGGACUCCGAUUUUCUGGUCGAGGAGAAACCUGCGCAAUCGGAGAGCUUCACAGAGAGUAAAUUCUGUUUGUUUCUAUAUCACGGCGAGGUGGCCGGGAUCGUUGAUGCGAUGGCGUCCGGCUGCGUGCCGGUGGUGAUCGUGGACCGUCCGAUUCAGGACUUGCCGUUGAUGGAUGUUUUGAGAUGGUCCGACAUGGCUCUGGUGGUGGCGGUGCGCGGCGCCGGGCGGCUGAAACAGAUUUUAUCGGAGGUGAGCGAGGAGAAGAUCGCGGAGAUGAGAGAAAUGGCUAUGGCUGCGAGCAAGCAUUUGGUGUGGAACGAGGAGCCGCAGGCGAUGGAUGCUUUCAACAUGUUGAUGUAUCAGCUGUGGCUGAGACGGCACGCUGUUAGGUAUGCGCGGAGAUGAUUGAUUGAUCGAUGAUCGUAUUCAUGGCCUUGCGGUAGACUUGGACUGCGUUUCUAGUCAUCUAUAUUCAUCCUCGAUUGUUUUCUUUCCCAUCUGUUGUUAAUUUAUACUUAUUGUGUUGUUUGCUCGUGAAGAUAUACAUAUCAAGUUUUAAUAUAUAUAUUGUUCCAACA